AUGAGGAAGAAGCGAAGGAAAUUUCAAUACAUUAACCUCCCCGAAGUCCAGCUUAUAUCUCUACUUAUCAUUACUGUGAAGCUCUUUUAUCCCUUCGACGAUAUUCUAGGUGAAGGAGAGGGCGAAGCCAAUGGCAAGGACGAAGGUGCACCAAGAGUGGAGGCGAAUGUGAAGCGGUAUCCGUACUCAUGGCGUGAUCCCGCAGCGCAGGUCAUGGAUUGGAAGGCGUGGAUGGGGUUUCAGAGAGAUUUUACUGAUGGAGUUGAACACGCGGUGGGGAACGGGAAGAAGGGGCCUAAGAUGAAGGUGAAAGGAAGGGAGAUUGGGGUGCGAGCUGGGGAUGUUUUUAACAUGGAUGGGAGGCAAAUUGAUGAGUAUUUGGAUUGGUAUGAGCGCAUGUGGGGUGGAAGAGCCAACAUGUUUCCAACUUCCCGAGAAUCAGAUACGAAUCAACAUGACAACGUCAAUGAAACCCACAACCAGGAACAGCAGCGGCAUCCACAGCAAAAUGAGCCUGAGGAGGACGCCUUGCUCACGACAAAACUCCACAGCGCUCUCGGUGAGCUGCGCAUUCGCCGUGCAAUCGGUCCUGCAAAUCCUGCGACUCCUGAGCAACGAGAAACCCAAUCACACCCCGCCGGCGCCACCACUACCGUUACAGUCGUCGAUAUUCCCCGCCCAGGAAAUCUCUAUAAGCGCUACCGCUAUGAAGAUCAGCUUAAUGAGCGGGCCAGAGCUUUUUAUGAGGCGGCUUCAAGGGUCAUUGGGGUAUCACUAAGGGCGGUGGUUACUGGAGUGUACCAAACAGAGAGGCGGAUAAAGGUGGGUAUGGCUAGUGCGAGUGUUUCGGGGCAGGACAAUGAAGGAUGGGAUGACGAAGAGGAAGGAGAGGGGGUUGGAUACAUGGACGGAGAUGAAGAUAUGGAGGAAGCCGAGAUACAGUCGUCACAAUUAUGA